ACUUAUUCAGAAGAAAGGCAGAGGGCGCACACUGCGCAGCGCGGAUGGGAAAGUUAACUGAAUUAUUUGCCGGAAGACACAGGAGGUGGGGGUCCCCCAAGCCCCAGCCAUUUCGUGGCUCGUAGGGGUUGUCGCUUCCCAAGCCGUGAAUGGCCCAAGCCCGCCCCCCGCCCCAGGUCGGACUCCUGCCCCGCACCCCUCUGGGUCGGACCCCAAGCCGAGCCCCCCCCGCCGCGGCUGGGCUGGGCGAUUGGGGACUGGCUCCACACACGGGGAACCCGGCCUCGGCUCGCAAGACCGCGGGAGGCGCAGAUGUGAAGUACGCCUGCGCGGGGCGCAGCCCUAGCUGCAGACGAUCUGUGAGCGGCGCGCCGGCGCAAGUCGAGGGCGGUGGCUCGGCUCCCCUGGAAUGGGCGACGUCUUAGGACUGCGCCUGCGCGGGGCGCCGGGCCCUGGGCGGGGCCUUCCCGGCUGACGGCCUGGGUGCACUGCGCUUGCGCGGGUUGAGGGCGGUGGCUCAGGCUCCGGGAAAGGACCGUCCGCCCGUCUGCGCUGGCGGUGUGGACGCGGAACUCAGCCGAGAAACGCGAUUGAGAGCAGUGUGUGGAUUACACUAUCACUGGAAAAAUACGAAUUGAGAAGAAGGAAAAGACUGGAAGAUGCAGACCUUGGUUCCUGUUAGUGGAAACACUGUAAAGUCCCAGAAAUGGAAAAGAAAAUGAAAUAAAUCAGCAGUUAUGAGGCAGAGCCUAAGAGAACUAUGGCAACAUCAGGUGACUGUCCCAGAAGUGAAUCGCAGGGAGAAGAGCCUGCUGAGUGCAGUGAGGCCGGUCUCCUGCAGGAGGGAGCACAGCCAGAGGAGUUUGUGGCCAUCGCGGACUAUGCUGCCACCGAUGAGACCCAGCUCAGUUUUUUGAGAGGAGAAAAAAUUCUUAUCCUGAGACAAACCACUGCAGAUUGGUGGUGGGGUGAGCGUGCGGGCUGCUGUGGGUACAUUCCGGCAAACCAUGUGGGGAAGCACGUGGAUGAGUACGACCCCGAGGACACGUGGCAGGAUGAAGAGUACUUCGGCAGCUAUGGAACUCUGAAACUCCACUUGGAAAUGUUGGCAGACCAGCCACGAACAACUAAAUACCACAGUGUCAUCCUGCAGAAUAAAGAAUCCCUGACGGAUAAAGUCAUCCUGGACGUGGGCUGUGGGACUGGGAUCAUCAGUCUCUUCUGUGCACACUAUGCGCGGCCUAAAGCGGUGUACGCGGUGGAGGCCAGUGAGAUGGCACAGCACACGGGGCAGCUGGUCCUGCAGAACGGCUUUGCCGACAUCAUCACCGUGUACCAGCAGAAGGUGGAGGAUGUGGUGCUGCCCGAGAAGGUGGACGUGCUGGUGUCUGAGUGGAUGGGGACCUGCCUGCUGGAUGAAGUGCAGGCUCCCCGGGUGGCUUGCAAGGGCCACAGGCCUUGGCCCCACCUCGCUGGUGCUCCCUCUACUCCUUUCUGUGUUUGAAGCAAGUUCUGGUUCAGACAGAAAGCCUGGCCUUUGAGGGCAUUGGGUCCCCACUUCCUCAGUCACAGAUGUGAUGUGCUUCCCUUGACUUGGGACCUUCUGAGGGAUGCAGGGUGGACCAAAGGACCACGUGAAUGGCCAGGGCAUGCCUGCGUGACUUUCGGUUUCUUAAGCAGUGAUUUCAGUCCACUUAAAGGGUUGUGAAAAUUCUGAGAAUGCUACAGACCAAAAUAUAUUUUAUGUAACAGUUGGGACCCGGCAACACUUCAGGGCUCUUUCAAAAUCUGGUAGCUACGAGCUCUUCCGUGACUGAGAUGGGACAAGAGUGAAGAUUUGUCCUUGCUUUUAGCUCUGCUCCAGUUCAUAGUUCUAAUGGGAAAUUAUGGGACUUAAACCCAGGCUGUGAGAUGCAUCAGUGACGUGUGGGCAUAAAAUAAACCCUCGAGAUGUUCUCUUGCAUGGUACACUGGCCUAGGCAGGAAUAUUCUUGAGGCUAAAACUGUAGAACUCUCAGACUAGUGUUACGAAUGUGGUGGUGAGAGGCCUGUGCAGCCACGGGGCCUGUGAUGUGUCUCCUGUGUGUCUUUCACUCCUUUGCAGUUUGAGUUCAUGAUCGAGUCCAUCCUGUAUGCCCGGGAUGCCUGGCUGAAGGAGGACGGGGUCAUUUGGCCCACCAUGGCUGCGUUGCACCUUGUGCCCUGCAGUGCUGAUAAGGAUUAUCGUAGCAAGGUGCUCUUCUGGGACAACGCGUACGAGUUCAACCUCAGCGCUCUGAAGUAAGUGUCCACAGCCGAGACUGGCACCGUCUUGUGGGGCCUCCUGGUCCACAGUCUGCAGGUGGGCCAAGGCCCUGGGAGAUCCCAUACGACGGUUGGAUAAAUGAGGGUACCUGUGCACCCAGAUAGGACAAUCUGUUGUAGCAUUGGAGUAAUUAAAGCAGUAUGGUGCUAUAACAAGAAAAGACAGAUGGGCAGAGCAGGGUAGAAUGCAAGGAACAAAAAUUUUCGUAUGUGAAAAAGGUGGCAUUAUGAUUAGGAGGGAGUGAGGGCCAAGUCAGCAAAUUAUUCUGGAGCAGUUGAUUAGCCCUUGUUCUCUCACGCCAUACGUGAAAACUUUAAUUCUGCAUGGAAUCAGCGUCAACAACAGACAUCCAUGGGGGCCUGUGUGCACCAUCUUAGGUGGAGAAAUGAGCAGCAACAAUGGAUGGAAUGGACCCUGGGCUAGAUAGAAUCUGGCAGUCUAUGUGGCAGAAAUCAGCAAAAACACGACUGUAAAAGCAAACAAGUAAUUAGAGAACUCACAUGCUGUCAGGUCUUGGAAUCAAUCAGAAAGAGAUGACUAGCCAGAUGGAAUUGCAGCCCAAUCAUGUGAACAGGCAAACCGCAAAAAAUAAAUAAAAUUACCAAUAAAUAUAUGAAAAAUUAUAAUGUUGUUAGUAGUUAAAAAUGCAAAUUAAAAUACAUGCUGUUUUCCCUACAAGACAAGCAAAGAGCAAAUUAAAAUAGUAGCCUGGGCUUGCCUGGCAGUGGCAGGGAGGUGUGGCUGCCGGGGCCUUAGAGGUUGGCAUCAGGCCGCCCACCCCAGUCACUGCCAGAGCCUCCCACCUGAGUGUUCCUCCCGGCGCUGGAAGCCAGUGGCCGUCCAGAGGAACGUGAUUGAAUUGCUGUAUAUCCAUCUGGUGGAGCACUGCUGUGCGUCUGUUAAAAGAGAAACCAUAGGUUUUUAGGGAUAUGUAAUGAUAUUUAGAAAGGGUUUAAGGGCAGUAAAGCUUGGCAGAAUAAACCGUGUAUACAGAAUGGAUGUUUGCUUGCAUAAAUAAAUUUAUAUAAAUAUGUCUGGGGGAUAAAAAUAAGUAUAUCACAAUGCUAAGACAGGCAUAUGGGGAAUUUAAGCUUUUCUUUAUACUUGUCCAUAGUUUCCAAUUUUUAAAUUCGUAAUUUUUUAUCAGAAAAAUAAAUAUGUAAAUAUAGUGGAAUCUUUAUUAAAACAUUCACUUUUAUUUGCUAUUUCAGAAGUUACUGCUUUGCUUAUUUUUUACAACAUUUCUGUGGUAAAUAAUCGGUGACUUACAAGCGUAGUGCAGCCAGUGAUGGGGGUUGGCAAACUGUGACAUGCAGGGGCCAUGCGGCGUCCAGUGUCUGUUUCUGUGUUGAAUUUGUGUAGCAACAGAGCAAGUAUUUCUCCUGAAACUCAGACUCACUCAGGCCACCUCAGCCCUUCUAGUUCCUUUCGUUUAUUAUAGAGUAACCCACAGCAGGAAUACCGCGUUCAUUUACUGUUAAUAGAAAAUCCACAAAAGAUUUUGAAAUCAAAUACAUUCUAAAACUAGGCAAGACACGCUGCAACUCCCCUUGUCCUCUGGGUUAUGAGGGGUGAGCAUUGGUUUCCGUGUGCUCAGAUCCCAUGAAUGAGACCUCACAGGGAAGCGCCCAGUGACUGGCAGGCUCCUUAAUGCCUCCAGGUCAGGCUCAGGAAGUCUCUGGAUGCCUGGGUAGAGUCUGGGUCUUCUCAGAGCGGGAGGCACCCAGGGCCUGUGGAGGCCUGAGGGCUGCUAUGGGGUUCCAGGGCCCCAGAUAGUGGCUUAGCAUCCUGGUGACACAGAAGGGAAAGCAGUCACCGCGGUCCCACGUGUGUGUUUUGAAGCCUAAGAUGUUUGCAAUGACUCUCAACAGUCGCUUUGACCUUUUCCCCUAGAUCUUUAGCAGUUAAGGAGUUUUUUUCAAAGCCCAAGUAUAACCACAUUUUGAAACCAGAAGACUGUCUCUCUGAACCGUGCACUAUAUUGCAGUUGGACAUGAGAACCGUGCAAAUUUCUGAUCUAGAGGUGAGAAAAAGAUGAAUUGCUCCUUAUAUUCGAUAAUCAGUGACCACGAAACACUCAGACCAGAGCCUGGCUUAUCAUAAACCUUCAGUGAGUGCUGGGGGUGUGAGUAAAUAACUAAUUAUUUUAUUAUACAAAUAAGUGAAUUUAUAAAACGUUUGCUACUGAUUUUUUCCAGUCUUUUUUCUUUUUUACGUUCUAUUUUGAUUCUUUCAUAUUGUACACCAUUUUCUUUAUGUCUCCAGCGUCUUCAUUUUAGAUUUAUGUUUAAUAUUCUCAGCAUCUUCAAAAUCAAAUAAAUUAUAUUUCGUUUCA